AUAUUUUUCAGUCUGUCAACACGAGCCUCAGAUCCAAAGAUUCCAGAAUCUUUGCGAACAUUCUAGCGCGCAACCGCCAUCUCACGAACGUUGUUAAUCCUCAGUUUUUUCAGUUCGCCUGAACUUCAGCUGGAGGUCACAUCUCGUUGAAGCUGCCAGAAGAUUAUAUAAACCUUUCGGUAUGGCACAUCUAUGGUCAGUGUCACAAGUUUGUGAAUGGCUUGAAGAAGCUGGACUAGGGCAUGCCAAGGACACUUUCAUUGAAGAGGUGAAGAGUUGGACUACCACAGGCUGGACUGCUAUGAACUAUCUGGCAGACAGUUUAUUACUCUUUUCCAUCGGCCGUACAAAGCAAUUGCUUAGUGGUGAGAAAAUGAAGUUGAUGGCCUUACACUCACAAAAAUGACAGAACGUAUGAGUGAGAGAAGUGAGAGUUUCCGAAGAUGAAGGACCAGGUUCAGUUCAUGGCUGCUCUAGAUAAAUUGAAGUUGGGAGACAGCCAUGAUGCUGAAGUGAGAGCGGAGACGCUAGUGAUGCCAGUUUCGCCAGUUUCCUCUGAUGUUAUCCUCCCACCUUUUCUCAAUAGUGCUUUAAGUUCACAGGAUCCACAGUUCAAGUCUCAGGGGAAGAACAAACUGAAAAAUGCCCUCAUUCAGGCUUUGUUUGACCACAGUCAAAAAACCAUGUAUCCCUCUCACACUCAAUAUGUUCUUACAUUGAGAUCAACCUUGAUUCGCUUCCCUUUUCUCAGGGAGAAAUAUGGCUCUGGAUACGAUGCCUUGCUCGAAUCACUUAGAAACAAAUUUAAGAAAGAAAGAAGACCACUAGUGAACUUGGAAGAAGUUUUCAAAAUGAAAGAGAAGUACUCGGCACGCCAUUCAGGACGAAAGCGGGGGGUUGAGACUGAGGAGGUUUGCCUGCAGAAGAGGAGCUGCGAACAGGAGGUUUCCUUGGAUUCUGCAGAAGACUUCAGAUCCAUCCUUCAGCACAUUGAGGUUUUGCAGCAGGAGCACCAUAAGGCGAGGCCAAGUUUUGAUAUAAUUCUACAGCGGCUCGACAGAACCAAGACCUAUCGGCAGCACUACAUUCAAAACCACACCACUGCUGAAGUCCUUAAAGAAUUUCCCUGUCUCAUGAGACCAAAUAUUCUCCUUGGAGAGAUGAAAAGAAUCUACCAGAUCGACGCUGAUAAAACCAUCCUAACAAAAAUGGGAGAACUUGCGCCAAAGUUGUCAGAAAAGGCCCCUAAAGGUACUUUAAAAGACACCUGCCUGCAGACACUGCAGUCAUGUGAGGAUGAACAAGAAAGAAAAGCUCAAAUGGUCAAUGCAGCCAUUGUCUUGCUGCCAUCAUUUUUCAAAGAAAAUCCUGCAUUCCUUUUUGUCAACGACCAGGAACCCAUUUCUCCCACACCCACCAUCGUGAUGACCGGCUCCAACCCCCUGUCCAGCACGGAAGUAGCUGUGAAGAUGGAUGGUUGUAACAUGAUUUUAGAUGAUGGUAGCAUUGAUGUCAGUUUGGCCUUAGCUGUGUCUUUUUCUCUUUUCCAUGUCUAUCAAGUUCACUAUCCCAGACCUCUCCUAAAGACACUGGCCUUUCUUGAGGCCUUUGUCUUUCAGAUGAAAAGUGCUGUUCCUCUGACCGUGCAGAAGCUGUUCAAUUCCCUUCACUGAUGUUGUGAUGUUGUGUGUGUGUGUGUGUGUGUGUGUGUGAGUGAGAGAGAGAUUGCACCUGUGUGUCUAAAUGAUCAGUUAAUUUAAUAACAACACAGGCAUUGCUAUUUUGAUGUGUGUGUAUGUGUGUUUCUGUCUAAAUGAUCGUUUAAUUGAAUAACAACAGACAUUGCUAUUGUGUGUGUGUGUGUGUGAUCACACCUUGCUUUUGCUAUUGCUAUUUUGAUUGCUGUUUUAAUCAGUUGAUUACAACGCUUUAUAUGUGUAUGUGUGCGCGCAAUGGUAUAGUUGAUGUACAACGCUUUAUAUGUGUAUGUGUGCGCGCAAUGGUAUAGUUGAUGAUCACUAAUGAACUUGUAAACAUAAAGAUUUUUAAUAAACAUAAAAAUGA